UUGGUUUUACUUUGAUUGUUGAGUAUUUCUUUUACCUGACAUCAUAUAUCAGUGUAGUUUGAUUUCCAUAAAGCAAGCUGACAUCUUCCAUACACACAGAGCCCAAUGCUCCUCAGAGCUUCAGCAGAGAAACAGUAAGCACAACUACCAUUGGUCUGAGCUGGACUGCACCUGACAGUGCCUACAAUGCAACAUUUGCCAAGUACAGAAUCACAUACUCCAGGGCAGAUGACAGUCAAACUGUGAUGAUGAAUGAGACCACCUCCACCAGCUUCACUUUGACAGGACUGUCCCCAGGUGUUCUGUACACCAUCAGGCUAGUAGCAGUAAGUCAUCAGCCUGAUGAAACUGUAUGUGCAGAGGCUUCAGGAGGACCUCUGACUGUCAGGACAAUGCCAAAUGCGCCACAGAACUUCAGUGGUGAAACUCAAGGUACAACAACCAUUGGUCUAAGCUGGAUGGCCCCUGACAGUACCAAUGGUGCAACAUUUGACAAGUACGAGAUCACAUACACCCCAUUUGGUGGUGCCAGGCAGACAGUAGAGGUCGAUGACCCCUCUGACACCAGCACCAGUCUGACAGGCCUGUCCCCAGGAGUUCAGUACAGCAUCAGUCUGGUGACUGUGAGUGCAGACCCUAACCCUACUGAAAGUGUAGAGGCUUCAGGAGGACCUCUGACUGUCAGGACAAUGCCCAAUGCACCACAGCGCUUCAGUGGUGAAACUCAGGGUACAACCACCAUUGCUUUGACCUGGAUGGCCCCUGACAGUACCAACAAUGCAACAUUUGACAAGUACAGGAUCACAUACACCCCAUCCGGUGGCAAUGAUGAGACCAAGGAGGUCACUGCCAACACCACCACUUUGACAGGACUGUCCCCAGGUGUUCUGUACACCAUCAGGCUAGUAGCAGUAAGUCAUCAGCCUGAUGAAACUGUCAGUGCAGAGGCUUCAGGAGGACCUCUGACUGUCAGGACAAAACCCAAUGCUCCUAGAGACUUUACUAGGACAGCUGUUAGCACAACCACCAUUGGUCUGAGCUGGAAUGCACCUGACAGUACAAACGGUGCAGCAUUUGCCAAGUACAGAAUCACAUACACACCAUCUGGUGGUACGGAGCAGCCUAAAGAGGUCACUACCACCAGCACCACUCUGACAGGACUGUCCCCAGGUGUUCUGUACACCGUCAGUCUGGUGGCUGUGAGUGCAGAUGACAAUAUAAUCAGUGCAGAGGCUUCAGGAGGACCUCUGACUGUCAGGACAAAACCCAACGCACCCCAGGAAUUUGCUGAGACAAGUACAACAACAGACAGUGUUUCUCUAAACUGGACUACACCCGACAGUGCCAACAAUGCAGCAUUUGCCAAGUACAGAAUCACAUACUCCAGUGACGGUGGCAGCCAGAUCAAAGAGCUCAAUGACACUGGUACCACGAGCACCACUCUGACAGGACUGUCCCCAGGUGUUCAGUACACCAUCAGUCUGGUGACUGUCAGUGAUGAACCCUAUGUUACAGUCAGUGCAGAGGCAACAGGAGGACCUCUGACUGUCAGGACAAAACCCAAUGCUCCUAGUGGCUUUACUGAGACAACUGUAAACACAACAGCCAUUAGUCUGAGCUGGACAGCACCUGGCAGUGCCAACAGUGCAACAUUUGCCAAGUACAGGAUCACAUAUUCUGCCAAUGGCAACAGUCAAGUCAAAGAGAUCACGGACACCGCUGCCACCAGCACCACUCUGACUGGACUGUCUCCAGGAGUUCUAUACACCAUCAGUUUGGUGGCUGUGAGUGCAGAUCCAACUGUUACAGUCAGUCAGGAGGCUGGAGGAGGACCAAUCUCUGUCAGGACAAAGGCAGACAAGCCAACAGAUCUGGAAGCAACUUCUGUAAACACCACAGCUAUCGCUCUGAAUUGGAUGCAGCCAGAUUCAGGAACAUUUCAUGGUUACGAACUGUCCUACACAAGCGCAGAUUCGGGUGUCACCAACAAUAGAACUAUCGACAAUGAGACUGUCACAGAAACCACUCUUACAGGCCUGAAACCAGGGGAUCUGUAUGAUAUAUCAGUCUUAGCUUUCAGUGGAAGUGGCAAUGCUAUUGUCAGGAGUGAGACCGACAACCUUCAAGUCAGAACAUUCCCAGAGAAGCCUGUUGGCUUGACAUGCACUAAAAUUGAAAGACAACUUCAAAUUAAUCUGGACUGGAAUAAACCAGCAGCCUCAAUAGUGGACCGUUACGAGGUGCUUGUGACAGAAGAUGGAGAUGGAAAUCGCACCAUUCCCAGGGAAGAAACAACAGCUGAAGUAGACAAUCUGAAAGCUGACACAGAAUACACAUUUUAUGUGGUUACCAUCACUGGGACCCGACGCAGUGCAAAUUCCUCUGCUACCUGUAAAACUGACCUAGCACCUCCACCUGAUGUUACGAAGCCAAAUGUGACUGGCCCACCAACCGAACCACCCAAAACAUCCUCUUUUGUUGUCAAUUUGGACACCAGUGCCUUUGAUGAAAGUAAUGGGGAUAUACAAGUUUAUAAUGUUCUUGUCCAGGAGUAUGAUGAAGAUGAGUCAAGUAAGUUUGCAUUUGUCGCAACAAUUUUUUCAUAA